AUGUUGAAAGGAGGUAACGACCAGUUAGGGGUCAUCUCUGACUUUGACUUCACCUUGACGCGUUCUGUUGAUCACGAUGGAAUGCCUUGUUUUAGCAGCCAUAAUGUGCUUAAUCAACUUCUAUAUGCUCUCCACCCAGAACUUGAAGAAGAGGAUUUAUUGCAGAUUCGCGCAGUGAACACUAAAUAUUUGGCUAUAGAAUACGAUCCAAGGCUAACGAAAGAAGAAAAAGUGCCUUAUAUGAUAGAAUGGUGGACGAAAGCUCACGAAAAAUAUAUAUCGUUUGGAGUUCGUCGUGAAGAUAUGGAGCAAUUUGUUGUGAAUGCAAAAAUUGAAUUGAGAGAUGGAGCUGACGCCCUUGUCAGGCAUCUCGCUAGCUCGUCUAUCCCAUUGCUUCUGUUUUCCGCUGGCGUUGGCAAUGUUAUAGAAAUAUUUCUACGACAUCAGCUAGGCUAUAUUCCGGAUAAUAUCCAUAUCAUUUCGAAUAUGUUGUUAUUCAACGAGGAAGGAGUGGUGAGCGCCUGUUCCGAGCCACUAAUUCACGUCUUUUGUAAAGAUGCUUCUGUAAUACCUAAGAAUGCUCCUUUCUAUGAUGACAUAGCGCACCGGUGA